AUGGCCGCUCCUACGCAACUUGCUUGUGCGUUUGCUUCCCUCCUCCUCCUUCGGCCCCCCUCUGAUAAAACCUAUACUCUUCACGGCCUGCAGCCUGGUCGAAUGGAUCGGUGGCAUGGCGGACUGGACCGAACUCUCAAGGGGAUUGGCAUUAUGGAUGCCGCCCCCGUCUAUGAGCCCUUGUCGGGAUUUGCGAGACCUGAGGGGAACCUCCGCUGCAGCGCUUACUCGCCAUGCGGCCGUUACUUCGCAUAUGCAUCGCCUGAACAGGUCACCAUUGUGGACGCCUCUGUGGGCCUCACCGUCUCGACCAUUCCCGCCGACAACGUGUUCGAGCUGGGCUUUUCGCCGCUUGGCACCUACGUGAUCACCUGGCAACGGCCAACCAAGGACGCCAACGGUGAUGCUACGAAGAACCUCAAGGUGUGGCGCGCAGUCGAGGCCGGAGACGAGCACUCGGUCGUGGGCCAGUUUGUCCAGAAGUCCCAGACUGGCUGGAACCUGCAGUACACCCCUGAUGAGAAGCUGUGUGCCCGCGUCGUGACCAACGAGGUCCAGUUCUACCAGAGCGACAACUUGUUGUCCGUGUGGAAUAAGCUGCGUGUGGAGGGGGUGGCGGAUUUCGCCCUCUCGCCGGGUCAGACCCAGUCCAUUGCGGUCUUUAUUCCCGAGCGUAAGGGCCAGCCCGCUGCUGUCAAGGUGUUCAUUGUGCCGCAGUUCGGUGCUCCUGUCUCACAGAAGAGCUUCUUCAAGGGCGAUAAGGUCCAGUUGAAGUGGAACUCGUCCGGCACGACCCUGCUUGUGCUGGCGCAGACGGAUGUCGAUAAGACUGGGAAGAACUACUACGGCGAGACUACGCUGUACUUGCUGAGCGCCAGCGGCACGUUUGAUUCUCGGGUCGAUCUCGACAAAGAAGGACCCAUUCAUGAUGUGAGUUGGAACCCCAACUCCAAGGAGUUCGGUGUUAUCUAUGGCUACAUGCCAGCCAAGACCACCAUCUUCAACGUGCGCGGAAAGCCCACACACACGUUCCCUCUGAGCCCCCGCAACACCAUCUUGUUCUCGCCACACGGACGGUUCGUCCUGCUUGCCGGGUUCGGUAACCUGGCUGGCCAGAUGGACCUCUACGACAUGGAGAAGAACUUCCACAAGAUCGCCACUGUUGAGGCCUCCAAUUCCAGCGUGUGCAGCUGGUCCCCCGAUGGCCAGUACAUCCUGACCGCAACCACCAGCCCGCGCCUGCGCGUCGACAACGGCCUCCGCAUCUGGCACGUCAGCGGCGGCCUCGUCUACAACGAGGAAAUGACCGAGCUGUACGAUGUCACCUGGCGCCCGCAGAGCCUCACCCAGCACCCGCUGGGCGACCCCUUCACCAAGCUGCCCGUGCCACACCCCUCCGCCACCGCGUACCUAAGCACGCGCAAAGCCCCUGUUAAGCCUGCCGGCGCCUACCGUCCUCCCGGCGCACGCGGCCAAUUGACCCCGCUAGCCUUCAAGCGCGAGGAUCAGGGCGGCGCUGCCUUCGUCCGUGACGGCGUCCCUGGCGCUGGCGCCGCCAGCGUCAACGGCUUCGGCAAGCCUCGCCGCCGCGAAAUCCCCGGUGCCGAGCCUGUGGAGGAGUACCUGCCCCCGGGCGCCGCUCCCGGCGGUGGCGUCGCACUCCCGCAUGGCGCAGAGAACGAGAAGCUCUCCAAGUCCGCCGCCAAGAACAAGAAGAAGCGUGAGGCCGCCAAGAAGGCUCGCGAGGACGGCGUCGAUACCACACCCCCGGCGAACGCCCCUACCGGACCUAGCCCGGACCGCGCUCGCGGACGCGGCAAGAAUAACGGCUCUCCCGUUAAUGGCAAUAGCAAGUCUGCGCCUGCACCUGCGGCUGCUGCAGCAGCACCUGCUCCUCCCCCUCCUCCUCCUGCCCCCGCCCCUGUUGCAGAUCCUUCUGCGCAGGACAAGAAGAUCCGCGGUCUGCUGAAGAAGAUCCGGGCUAUUGAUGAGCUGAAGAUGCGGCUUGCUGGCGGUGAGAAGCUGGAAGAUACGCAGAUGAAAAAGAUUCAGACCGAGGAUGCGGUGCGUAAGGAGCUGGAUGCCGUUGGGUAUAGCGGUUAG